AAACUGCACCGGACAGUGUGUGUAUAUAGUACGAGUGAAUACUAUACGAUAAUGCGUCCAGAGAUUGUUUCAACAUUUACAAUAGACACGUGCAACUUGUGAGUGCAGAGAACUAACGAUAUGCUCAGCGUCAUGGCAAAGCCACAGGAAGUUCUGGAUGUCGAGAUGCCAACGGCAGCGACGAACUCAAGCCCAUUGCAGGGUACCGUCAAUGUCAUUACCAUCAUCAGUUACAACAGCAGCAACAACAACAACAGCAGCAGCAACAGCAAUAACAAUAAUAAUAACAGCAGCAACAAUCAUAACAACAACGACAACGGCAGCAUCAUACCCGGUGACUCAACGCUGCCGCCUGUGGAAGCUGGUGGAGCAACCGAAGGCGCCCAGGUGGAGCACAGCUUUGUGGCAAUACCAUUGCUUGAGCGUCGGCGUCGCAGUCGCAGCCACAGUCGCUGCCGCAUCACGCCACUGGCGCCCAUCCAUUGCAUACAGAACGGCGCCCAUCCCGAGGACCUAACGCAGCUCUCCCGCUCCGCUUCGUGUUUUGUUCGCUUUAGCCGGAGUUUUGUCAAAUUUUUUGGCAAAAUCAUGGGCAGCAAUAAUCCCAGCGAGGCGGAUCGAUAUGACUAUUAUGAUUUGCGAUUAACACAAGCAGUCCAACAUCAUACAAGUGUUUUCUCGCAUGCGAUUUUGGAGUCGUGCGAAUCGUCGCGUCGUUGGGAUUGCCGGAGAAUUCGCAACGAUGUGGACGCCGCCGUCAACAUUGACGUCGCCGUUUACGCACGCACGCUGGCAAAAUUUGUGGAGCCAAACGCUCUGCGUCCGUCGACAGAGUCGCUGGCUCUGCUGCCUGCUUGCGUUGCGGCUGUGUCUCUGGCGCAAAGUGAUUUCAGUUUCUAG